AUGUUAUCCUUCACCUUGCUCACCCCCUCGCUGAAUGCGCGCCCGGCCGUGCUGACUUCGGCUGCGUCGCGCGCGAGCGCGCCGCACAUGAUGGCCUGGAAAUCGGACACAUCGAUUGGCAGCGCGCUCAGGUCGAGCCGCGACACACUUGGGAUCGGCCAGGUGCCAUCCAACCUCAUCGGCAAUGUGGUUCCCACCUCGAUCGGCAAGGAGCUCACGCCGGCGUCGGUGGCUGCGCCGGCGGCCGUCACCGAGGCGGAGGUGCUCGAGUGCCAGGCCAAGUGGGCCAACGCGAUCGCGUCCAUCUCGUCCGUCUACCUCGAGGAGGGCGACUUUGUCGCGGCGGCGGGCGAGGCGGCGGGAGAGCUGUACGGCUACGGCCACCACAACGUGCUCUUCAAGCCGACCAAGGCGACCAAGCACCCCUUCCGCGCGACGGGCGCCGAGGCGAUGUCGUACUUUGUGGGCGCCGAGGCGAUGAAGAACGACGAGUUCAAGGGCGAGGACGCCGGCUUCGCCAUCAACGGCGGCAAGGGGUGGAGCAAGGUGGUCUUCACCAACCACCAGAUCGACCUCAACGGCGAGACGGCCACGGCGAUGGGCUCGUACGACUUCACCUGCGCCACGACCGGCGACGUGGCCACGGUCGAGUACACCUUCGGCUACAAGCGGUGCGCCGACGGCAAGCCGCGCAUCUAUCUCCACCACUCGUCGGUGCCCUACUCGGCCUAA